CCAGAGAGAGAGAGAGAGAGAGAGAGAAAGAGAGUGGAGAGACACGCUGGUGUUUCGUUUUGCAACUCAACUGCAUUUGACCGACAUUCUUCAAUGAAUCAACACCAGAGAAACCUGAAGAUUGAAUGGACCUCCAUCUCCCCAAAGAGCCAUCAAAGACAGCUUUGUUAGCUCACAGUAAAUGCAAGAUAAGUGGCAGGUUGAAGUGAAAAAGGUUCCAUGAGAUGACAUUUCGUCCUUGGAAUAAUCAACUGAAGGGCCAUCAUCGCGCAGACCCUGAAGAGGAGAGACAGGAAGGGAAGAAACACUUGUAACUCCAUAAAUGGCCUCAGCACCCCACUGGUGUCUUUAAGUGCGCCAAAAGAAUUGGUCAGACAUGAGUCUCCCAACUGGUUUUCAAGAACUGAGGGUCAAUGUUGACAGAGGAGAAAAGAUUGGAAACAAAACCCAGAUCCAGUUCCCCCAAUCUGGGGACAAUAAUGCCAACCAAUUAACUUCAAUUGGUGAUCAAGAAGGGAGAGGAUUGAUUGAGGAGACAGGUUACAGCACAAGCUCCAUUCCUCCUUUGGUCUCGCAGAGUGAAUCCCCUGACAAGUUAGUAAUCUGGGACUCUGAGCAGCAAUGUUUGGAGCCUGAGCUUGGAGAAUUUGACCUUUUGGAGUGUCAGGAGAUACAUACAUUCUUGGGAAACAGGGAUCAGGAGGAGGAGGAUGAUGAUGGAGGAAGCAUAAGGGAUGGAAAAGACGAGGGCCCCAUGUCCAUAUCCUCAAGCUCAACUGCCAGCUCUGCUUCGACAGGAGUGAGGAGAAAUGACAACGACAACAACAAAGUGGAGAGCAGACAACAGAGGGGCAGAGAGGUGCAGAGAAGGAUUGCCUGUCACAGCACUGAAGAGCUGGACACAUGUGUGACAGGCUCAAUAGAGAAAAGGGACACCAGGUCAGGCAGAGCAGGAGAUAGGGAGAGACGGAAGGGAGGUCUGAAGGAGUCCAAGUCUGAGACGAAUGUGUUCGUCUCCAGUCUGUCAGCCGUUACCCUCAGCGGGAGCCUGUCGAGUGCUCUGGAUAGUAGCGGAGAAGUGCAGUCUCUUGUCUCUCUGUCCAAUACAAACAACACUACCUCAGCCCAGACCAGACAAAGGGCAGCCCCUGUAGAUGCCAACCAGAACUCCCCACCAUCGCAUCCUCAGGAUAAACAUGGCUGUCCUCAAUACUACAGCCAGGAUCAGAGACAGGAGGGGGGAAGUCAUCAUAGAAAUGGAUUGUCCUCUGACGUGGGGCUGGGUCAAAGGAGGAAGGCAGGAUUUGAGGAGAGGGUGCUGCCACCACGACGGCAACAGCUUGUCAGACCUCUCUGUCAGACAGAGGUGGGAAGAGCGAGAAGCUCAGCAGAGCCCAGUGCUCAACAAGCUGAGACAGGGCAACCGUCUUCCCCCAACCCCUCUCCAGAGUCACACGGCAAUGGGUCAAACAGAAAGUUUAUAAAAUCGGCUUUACGUGAACCAUCAGAUUUCUCCAACCUGUACACUGCAUCUGGAGUCUCACAGCCCAGGCAGGCAGCCCAGAGGGAGGCUCCACCUGUAGAAAAACAGCCAGCUACAACUGCGUGGCGCAAUUCAAGUCCUUCCAAUCCUUCCACUUUAGAUAAGAGACCCCAGACUCAGCUCACAUACAGAAGGAAUUGCACCAGUCCAAACAGGACAGGGGUUGAUUCCAGGUCAUCUACCCCUCCCCAAUCCCCUCUCAGGACUCCCCAGGGUUCACCACGCAGGCAACCCUCCAUGUACCUCGUUUCCAGGAAUGUCUCUGGAGUGGUUAGACAUGUCCCGUCAGGAUGCAACCCUGCUGUAACGACAUCAGCUCAGGGCUAUGGCAACAGUUGCAUGAGAGCACCAGUCAAAACUAAUAUAAGCACAAGUGGAAUCCCCAAAGCGCCUCUUAACAACCAGCAGAGCUCUAACCACAACUCCAGCCCCAAAGAGAGCUCCCCAUCACCUAAACUUAAACCUAAAGGAGUUCGGCCCAAAAUCAUCACCUACGUCCGUAAGAAUCCUCAGUUUAAACCCCAGGCUGCUGACGGACCUUAUCAGGUAUCCUCUCUGCCGUCCAGGCUGUCAGCAUACACACACGGCCAAACACCCACAUCCUUCAAAGACAUCUCUAAAGACCCCUCCAAGCCCGACACAGAAAUCAGAGGAGCACCAGUGCUUAGUGCCUCCAAUCUGCUUUAUGACAAGUACCGCCAAGAGAUGCAAGCAAACAUGUUCCCAUCAGGAAUGCUAAGCAGGAGCAUCAGGCCCCCUGGACACACACACACCGUCCCCCCUGCACACACACACAGCCACACGGCGCCCCCGAAACUGGGCAGCAAAGCAGACAACUUCUACAGGGCACCGUCAGAGGUGGGAAGAUCUGCCAGUUUCAAAGGGAGUACACCUGAGGAGGCGCUGCAGUCACGAACGGCUGCUCAGGCGGGAGGGAGCGGCAGCCUCCUGCGCUCCAGCAGAGGUCUGCGUCUCGGCCUGGGGGCUGUCACCAGGACGGCUACGGGCUCAGCCAAGGGCAGAGUACCUGUUCAGGGUCAGAGGUCAACUCUGGUCUUCAGCCAGCCAGUGCAACCAGUCAGCCCAGCGACCAGUCAGAAAAGCCAAGAUAACGCAGAUGACCAGGUUUUCACCCAUCAUGCUCCUCCUCCUCCACCUGCUCCAGCAUCAGCAGCAGCCCAGCCCCAGGCAACGGCCUCCAGGUCUUUGCUUCCCAAAACAAGCCAGUCAGGCCUGCGCCCCCCAGGCUUCAGCUCCAGCCGUCUCCCCGCGGGCCGCCUGGCAGCCUUCGGCUUCGUCAGGAGCUCCAGCGUGUCCUCGGUCUCCUCGGCCCACUCUGCUGACAGCACGCAGAGUGACCCCUGCAGGACAGCUCACCGUGUGAGUGUGAGUGAGGAGCCUCCUCUUCACAGAGUCACCACCGACCCUCCAUCAACAGAUCAUCCGAGAGGGGCGCCAUGUCGCAGCAACAGCCUCCAGCCACCUUCUACCCCAGCCCUGCCUCGGCGCUACCUGCCUGCCCAGCCAAGAAGCUCCCCUGGAGUUGGCAGGAAGGAGUUUCAGCGGAGCUCGGAGGUCACGCGCUCUCUCCCGUCCUCCCCAAAGAGGCUGGCAGUGGUUCCUCCCAAACCUCAGUCCCCGGUCCAAUCUGGGCAGCGGCCCGCAGCGGCAGUGCGAGGAUCAGCUCCCCCGGGGUCCCCUCGCCGUGUGGCCCCCCUGAGGCUGCAGCAGGAACAGCAGGAGAGCCUGCAGAGAGAGAAAGAGGAGGCUCAACAGAAAGAGAAAGAAAGGCAAGCUGAGGAAAGAGAAAAAGAAGAGCAAAGAGAGGAGGUUCAGAGGCUGCAGGGACGCUGUGAGCAGCAGGAGAGGCAGCUGGGAGCUCUACGAGAGGAACUGAGGAAGACCUCCUUGGGUUUGGAAGCCUUUAUUAUCACCACUCAGCAUUACUGCCUCAAGAAUAAAACUACAGAGGAAAAUCAAAGGAAAUUGUCCAUGGAAAUACAGAAAAUCCGAGAGGAAAUGGCAUCCAACUCAGCGCGAUGGGAGAGACUCCAUCGGGAGAAGACGGCGCUUGAGGUGGCGUUUGAACGAGAGCUGCAGGAGCUGCAGCUGCAGCAGGAAGCGGAGUUGGCUGCUGUGGAGGAGGGGCUCAGGAAGUGUCACUCAGCGGAGGCAGAACACUUAAGGGAGGAGCAUCGAUCCGAGAUGGAGGAGCUGAGGACUCAGCAACAGGAGCAGGUGGAGGAGAUGACUGCCAACCACCGGGCAGCCAUUCAGGAGCUCAGAGACAUGCAUAACAUCACCAUGGCAACACUGCAUGAGGAGCACGCCCGUACCAUGAGAGACCUAAGAAAAGCCCACGAGCAACAAAAGAUGCUUCUGGAGGAGGAUUUUGAGAAACUCAGGCUUUCUUUGCAGGAUCAAGUGGAUACCCUCACAUUUCAAAACCAGAGUCUGAGGGACAAAGCCAAACGCUUUGAGGAGGCUUUGAGGAGGAGCACAGACGAACAGAUAGUCGAUGCUCUGGCUCCAUACCAGCACAUUGAGCAGGAUCUGAAGAGCUUGAAGGAGGUUGUGGAAAUGAAGAACCAGCAGAUACACCAGCAGGAGAAAAAGAUCUCUGAUCUGGAGAAAGUGGCCCAAAAGAAUGUGUUCCUUGAGGAGAAGGUGCAGGUUCUGCAGCAGCAGAAUGAAGAUCUGAGGGCUCAGAUUGAAAACAACUUAACCCUGUCCAGGCAACUGUCAGAGGAGAACGCCAACCUCCAUGAUUCAGUGGAAAAGGAGAGCACUGAGAAGAAGCGGCUGAGUCGGAACAACGAGGAGCUUCUGUGGCGCCUCCAGACCAGCCCCCUCAUGUCCCCUGCCUCCUCCCCACUGCACCGCUCCUUCUCCACCUCCCCCGUCCCCUCAUCCCCAUUCUUCUCCUCCUCACCUGUCGCAGGGUGCGACUCCCCCACCCACUGCCAGGGCUGUCUUCAGCAGGCUCAGUACUGCUCCCCCUCUCACAGAGCCAACACCAAUCAAAAUCUCUCCCCUGGACCAGGCACACCCACUCACAGGGCAGCGAGCAAUCAGAAUUACUCCCCUGGCCCAGCGACGCCUACUCACAGAGUGCCAGCCAAUCGCUGUAACUCAGCUGCUUGUCUCAGUUCCUUGCAGAGAUAAGCUCAUAUCUCUCUCUCUCUGUUUCAUUUUCUUAACUGUUUCAUUCUCUCUCAUUUCCAUCAUUCUCUGCUUUUCUCCUCCCUCUCUGAAUGGCAUUGAAGUGUCAACACACCAAGGUUACAGAGUUACUUCUCAAACUUCUACAGCUGGUGGUGUCCCAACUUACACACAGAUAACUAUUGUAAUGAGAAAAAGGAUGCAGAUGACUGUGGCUCAGUUCUCUGUCCUCCCAACUUGUAUAAACACAGAAUCUUGAAAUGCAGACUGUACAUAGUGUAUGAUAGUGACACAGGCAGUGUUGACAUGUAGUGAAACCUCCCUGUAUGGGUAGUUAUGAGUCCCGCACAGACAGAAAGAGUACAGAUGGAAAGUAGCACACUCUUGUCACCUGAACACAAUACUCUGAUGUGUUAGGAAAAAAAAAAACAUGCUCACGUCCUCAAUAAAAUAAGCUAUACUCUCUCUCACACUGGGAUUAGUUUCUCAUAGUCAAUUCUUUUUUUCUUUUCUUUUUUUCAUCUGAAAAAUAUCCCCAACAAAGCGCCUUAUACUCAGUCCUCCCGUCUCACCAGCAGAGAGCGACCAAUAUUCCACAAAGGACUUUGGAUACAGAAUUGGUUUGUAAAUCAAACACGUUUUUUUUUUCAGCCUCCUCAAGGUGUGUUUAACAUUUUGUAAUUAGUUCCAUGGCUGAUAGUUUUACUCGCAGUGUGGGACGACCCUACCUGGAAGCCCAGCCAUGUUACCUGCAAAAUCCAGAGGACUUAAUGUUCAACCCUUUGCCAGGUCUUCCUUGCAGCAUCUCGCCACAUGAGCUACUCUUCACUUUCGGGAUCCCUCAGGUCAACUUGCAAAAACUACGUCUGCCAUUUUGUAUUUACCUCAGCGGGAAUGUGCAGUCUGUUGUGUGUCUGUAGCUCAACAGCGACAACAACGACAACAACAACAAAAACACACAGCUACCGGGGGGGAAACCUUACACAGGAAUCACUGUUGUAAAUGUUGUUGUGGAUUUCUUUAAAAUGUGAUGUUUAUAUCUAAUUUAUUUGUUACAUGUGUUUUGCUACUUAAGCAAGCAUGUACUGUGAAAGUCUUCCAGUCUUAAUGUGAAACUUAUUAUUGCUGUGAUCUGUCUAUUUAUUAAGCUUGAGGUGUGAAGGACACGAAUGGUGUUUGUAAUAUUGAAAAUAUCACCUAUGGGACACAAGUGGAAUAUGCGAUGUACCCCAGGAGGAAGGAGAUGUAUUGACUUGUUGUCGUCAUACAUACAUAGGUGGUGUUCAGGGGACUGUCUUACAAUAUGAUAUGAUAUGGGUGUAUAAGCUACAGUAAAACAUAACACAGGUUAACCCUCUGUUUACCUCUUUGUGACUAGUUGCAAAGAUAAGUGUAUCCCUUUCUGAACCUGUGUUAACCUCUUCAAACCUCUUCUGAUGCUUCUGGUUUCGUUAUCUGAAUGACACUUUUUAUCCUUCGAGUGUUACGUUCAAGCUUUUGCAAGCUCCGCUGAAUCCUCAGUGUGCAAGAAGAUAUCGUUCAGGGAAUUAUUUUCUAAAUUUAGAUUAGAAGUACUUUUUUUCCCUUUUGUAUAGCUUCUCUACAGAACAUUAUACACUCUCAAGAUAUUUCCCGAGAUAAUUUUCCUCUUAUAUGAAAUACAACAGAGAAUCCAACCUUUGGUAUAUUAAAAUGAGAAUUAUUUUAUAGCAUACAAUUUGUCAUAGCUGCCUCCUGUACUGUAACUAACUUACCCUCAGGGUCCUAAUCUUUCAUCUGGCUUUGAACAAGUCAACACUAAAAGAAAUUACAGUGUAAUCUCAGUAAUUUACUCGCACAUGAACAAACAAAAUGAGCCGCUGUGAGGGAACAAUGCCGCUGAGAGGGGAUGAGGGUAAGUCUGUGUUGGCUGUUGGCAGUCACAGCAACAUUGCUAAAGGGAGCAUGGGUUAGUCACUUUUAUCUGUUAAGUUACAGGUUGAGUAAAUGUAACCUUUUACCAGCAUGUAAAGGAUGACGUUUCCGGGUUUUCAGUAUUAGACUUUUAAGUAGAUCUUUAAUUGCUAUACCAGCACUUUUUAUGGCCGUGAAAAAGUAAAAAAAAUCUUUUCACGGAUCUUCAAGAUUUUUUGUAUGACACAUACACAGGGUUAAACACUCUUAAACGAAAGAAUGUCAAAAAACAGCAUACAGGAUUUGAGAAAUGUGUCUCAAUUCUCACUUGUUUUAUACCUACACUGAUGAUUUUUGAGAAUGUCUUUGCAUAACGAUCAAUUGUAAGAAUAUACCAGUCAGAGAGUCACUGUGUUUUUCGAAUGUUUUAGAAUUACAGUUCACCUACAUCGAUGAAUGAUUCUUCAGGGUCCUCCUAAAGGUCACUUCAGGUGCAAAAAAAACAAGUCAACAAGGAUGCAACAAAAACUAUUGUUUACAAAUGACAGCGUAAAGUCACAGAUUUCAUCUUAAAAUUAAUCUCUCAUCUGAAUGGACUUUGAUUUCUAAACAAUGAACUGGUAUUGUAAAACCCUUCAAUGUGUCCUGUGGACAUCUGUGUCUCACUAUGCGCUGAAUGUCAAAAAUGUAAUGACUGCAUUUUAUACGAGUCAUUCGUGUGAUUUUGUUUGAUAUAGAAGGACCUCUUGUCUGACCACUAUGUAGCAGCCAUUUAAUAUGUAGCACUUGGUUAAGCCUCCCCACAAGAAACAUGAGUCAUUUAUUGAAUCCAUUAGGGAUGUGAAACGGCCAUGUUCAUGUUUAAAUGCUGUGUGUAGCAAAUGUUUCCAUGGCUUGUCAACUUUCAGCACUACAAUUUGAAUUUGUGGAGGUAAGCUAUACAUUUACCCCGUGUGGAUUUGGUCCAGAGACAAAGUUUACUGAAUUUGUUAGUUCUGGCACUGAUUGUAUGUUUGAAUGUAAAUACAUUUACAACAUGAGUUUGUGUCUUAGUGCACCAACAAAGUAAUCGAAGCAUGUUUUUUCUGUCUUUGCUGUUUCUCGCUCUCCCUUUCUCUUCUUUUACCUCUCUGCAUUUGUGAUGGUCAAAAUGUAACCGUAGCGUAGGAGGCCUAGAGGACGAGGAAUGAGAUAGUUCAACAUGUAAUGUAUACAAAGUAUGUUGAUGCUUUUAUUUGUACUUUUUGGGGAGAACACAGUAUUAAAAAAUAUUCAAAAAAGUCA